AUGAAACUGGGAUCAGCUUGCUUACAAUGCAGACAAGGGAAACGGAAAUGCGAGAAACUAGAGCCGGGAACUUCUUGCCAACAAUGCUUGCAUCGACAGCUUCGUUGCUCUAGCUCGAGACGCAUCUCAAAUGUGCCUGCAAAGCUCGCUCCACAAAAUCAGAUUUCAACACGGGAUGAGGGCGAUUCCUUGCCACCAAAAGAAACAAUAUCAGAGAUAAUCGAACUCUAUAUCUGUUAUAUACACGACAAACCACAUACCUUAUUUCACGAGCCGUCUCUGAAGGCAUCGGCUAAGAAUGGCACUCUGUCUCCAGCUGUGCUAUUUGGAAUACUCGGUCUAUCAGCUAGAUUCUCUUCCAAAGAGAACAUCCGCUCCCAAGGUCACGUGUGGGCAGCUGAGGCGAAAAGUCUGUGCCAACAAGGCUUGGAGAACAUCAACAUCGAGAGCAUUCAAGCGUGUGUAUUAUGCGGAAAUAUUUGCCUCGCAGAGUCGAACGCGGAUUCGGAAUCUUUAUACUUUGUCAUCGCAAAUCGAAUGGCCCAACUGUUGAAGCUUACAAAGGACAAUACCGACGAUGAUCUUAUCACGCGCGAAGUCAAAAGAAGAGGCUGGUGGAGUCUGUAUCUGAUUGACAGAUGGGCUAGUGCGGGUCUUGGCUUGCCUCGACAAUUCCACGAUGGUGGCGCAGUUCCCAGGCUUCCAAUGGACGAGGUGGACUUCUCGGAUCUUCGUGUUGGCGAGAUGGUCGAAGAUUUGGAUAGCUGGAGGCCAGGGAUAUGGAGCCAUAUGACCACGCUGGUGAAGAUCUUCGGCCAUAUCCAAGAUCUGAACCAAGGACUCGUUGAGAGACAGCACUGGGGAGAAGAGGACAUCGAUUCUCAAGUCCUUAAUCUUGCGGAUCAGUUGAUUGCCUUCGAGAGAGACCUACCUCCUACUCUGAUUUUCACAUCGGAGAACCUCGACUUGCAGAUCAAACGAGGUGUGGGACGGACCUUUGUUGCCUUGCAUCUUGGAUAUCAUCACUACGCAACUUUGCUAUACUACCAAUAUCUCGAUCAAAGCCGACCAGCCACUCCAAGGACGAGGAUGUUUGCCCAGCGCUGCAAGUACCACGCCAAAGAAUACUGCGAUCUAAUCCAAAUUUCAGUACGGCACGGCAAUGCUGAAGCUCUUCAUAAUGUGGUUGGGCAUAUGACUGUGGUAUCUUCCUCCGUGCAUUUGCACACACUCUUACUUGGUGAUGAUGACGAAUUGCCGAUGGCCAGACAGCGACUUGAGUACAAUUUUGCGUACUUGGUCAGGUUGAGGACAAUCUGGCCGAGCGUUGACUUGAUGAUGAAGAGACUGAUCACAUUCCAAGAUGCUUGCUUGCGGACUGCCCAAUUGGGUACUCAUCGGUUCGACAAGUGGAUGGUCAGAUUUCUCCUUCAGCAUGCCCUCGCAUUGGACGAAAAGGAAUCCUCGGAUAAUUCCCCUGAUUUACAUCUACAGAGUUUCCCGAUUGAAGACCAAAGAUUGCUCGAAAGAAGUCGGGUCACAGAAAGUAUCAUUCGAAUUUCAGACAAUAUUACAUGA